GUGGUGAUUGCAACUAUAGCUGCUGUUAUAUUAACCUGUAGGAAGAGUUACAAAGUGAAAGUGCCUUCACACCGUUAUUUGACCAGACCUCCUGGGAUAGCAAGCCUUAUGCGAAUAGGGAGAACAAAUGUUGAAGCUAAUACAUACAAGAUUGAUAAUCAAACAAAUAAAGACAUAAAGACACACCAAACAGGUAGUGACCAUAAUGAUACAAUGGAUGAAGAAUCUAAGACAAGAGGCGGUGAUAAUGAAUUACACGAGGCAGAUGAAGACACAGACAGUGGAGAGUCUUAUCAGAACGUCAAUGUCAUGAGAGAGCUAGAAAUCAUGAAUAAUGAAGAGACAACAUUUAAUCAACAGGAGAACAAUGUGUUCAAAUUCCAAAGCCAAGGAGACAACACUGAAUUUCAAAUUCAAAAUGAAGAGAAUGAGGAUGUUCUUGAACUUCCCGAAUCAAAUGAUGAUAUUAAUCACCAUCAUUCAGGGGAGAUAAAUAUCAAUGAUGAGAUUAAUAAGAAUGAACAGGUUUAUAUGAGGGAUGAAGUUAUGGAUGAAGAGCCACAUGCUAACAAGAUGGAUACUGCUACCAAAACCAGAGAAACAUGUCCACCAGGGAGCGACUGCAAGAAUACAAGGGAUGAAAAGUCUAAAACAAGCGGCCAUGAAAAUGAAGCAUAUGAAACAGGCACAGACUCAGAUAGCUAUCAGGACACCUGUGUCACGAGAGAGGUGGAAACCAUGAAUAAUGAAGAGGCUAUAUCUCUCAAACAGGAGAACAAUGUGCUUAAAUAUCAAAGCCAUCGUGACAAUAGUGAAUUGCAAAAUGAACAGGAAGAGAAUGAUCCUGCAAUUCCAAAUUCAAUUGGUGAUAUUAACAACCAUCAUUCAAAGGCUAAAAUUAAUAUGAAUGAUGAUAUUUAUACAGAUACUGAACUUAUGGAUGCUGAACCGCAUGCUCAUAAUCCUAAGGCUAGGAGAGAUGAGAUGAUUCCAAGAGGACAAAACACUUUUGCUAAC